ACUAACAUUCAAACGACACACACUCAACAUAUAUAAAUGUUAUAUAUUUUAUUAUUUAUCUGAAGAUAAGUAGUGUAAUUGUUUGUAUGAUCAGAUAAAAUACCUAAUAAAAAUUAUUUAAAUACAAACACGCGAGUGACAGUAGUGAUUAAAUGAAACGCAACGCUUAACCAGUUAGACAUCUCCGACUAUGCAAUUAUCGCGGGAUUCUAAAAAAAACAAUAAAAUUCCAAUUUAAUCGUUAAGAAGUAUUGUUAUACUGUACUUCACCGUUUACCAGGACCUAUCUGAUCUAAGGAAUAGUAGUUGCGUUAUUUCGGCAUUAAUUUGUGAUUGCAACACUUUUCUUUAUGACAACAAAUAAUUAUAUUUAAAAAAAAACUCAAGCCAUAAUUUUUUUUGGACCUGCCAUGGAACUUAGCAACGACUCUACAAUCGACCGAAUCGCGAGUCCAGAACUGAAAAAAGGCAUGCCGAUGAUCGGUGUCCGUCACUUGCAGAGUCUGCUAGCAUUUACGGCGAUUUUCACCGGCUAUCUGCUCAGAGUGAAUAUGUCGGUGGCUAUAGUAGCCAUGGUGCCAGUGGUCAACUCGACGGACUUCUAUGAAGAACACAAAAACCAUAUCGCUACGUUCGAUUGGACCCACAAGACCCGUAGCUAUCUGUUGAGCUCGUUCUUCGCGGGUUACCUGCUGGGAAACUUUCCGGCGGCCAUUCUCGGUUGCUACUUCAACAACAAGCUCCUGUUAGCGUUAAGCACCACUAUCACUUCCCUGCUCGCAUUGGCCACCCCGGUGGCGGUGAGCACUUAUGGGUCACCCGUGCUGUUCAUCAUCCGAUUCUUACAAGGACUCGCCCAAGCGUUUCUGUUGCCCAUGUGCCACGGCAUAAUGGCCAGAUGGGUGCCGCCCAACGAACGUGGCCGUUUGGUGGGCUUUGUCAUGAGCGGUAUACAGUUCGGUACCAUGAUAACGCUGAUCGGUGCUGGCUAUUUGGCUAGCACUUCGUUCGGUUGGCCUAGUAUAUUCUACGCGAGUGGUGCCAUCGGGCUGGCGUGGACUGUCGUUUGGUUAUUAUUGGGCGCGGAGUCACCUCAAACCCAUUGGUUCCUCAGUCAAAAAGAAGCUAACUACAUACAAGAAUCACUUCAAGGAGUUUCUCACCAUGGUUCACAAGCCGAUAAAGUCACUCCUUGGAAAGGGAUAUUCACUUCGUUGCCAGUUUGGGCGACCACGGCCGCACACGUGGGAUACAACUGGGGCUUUUGGCUGCUGUUGAGCGAAAUGCCCACGUUCAUAAGCACCGUGCACGGGUUCAACCUAAGGGAAGACGGACUGCUGUCUUCGCUCCCUUACCUAGCCAUGUUCCUGUUGCAAUUGCCCGCCUCCUACUUAGCCGACUUUCUCAACAAGCGACAGUGUACCACACUGACCAUGUCCAGAAAAAUAUGGACCACAAUCUCGAUGUGGGGAGGGGCAGCUGGCCUCAUAACGCUCGGGUACCUCGACGACAACGCGACCUUCACGAUUUACCUGUAUAUUUUCGUCGUGGCCAUCGGGGGCACGUGCAACCUCGGGUUCAACAUAAACCACAUGGACCUGUCACCCAACUACGCCGGCCUGCUAAUGGGCAUCACCAACACGAUGGCAUCCACUGGGGGUCUCACAGCACCCUUAGCCGUCGGGUACAUAAUAAGCGAUCCGAAUUCCGUUAAUCAAUGGCGAGUUGUAUUUUUUCUUGGAGCCGGAGUGCUUUUCUUUGCAAAUUUGAUAUAUUUGAUAUUUGGCUCGGCUAAAACACAAUCUUGGAAUUCUCCUGAAAAAAAAAUCGUAAGUUAAUAAAAUUAACGUGUUAAAACGGUCGGAGAAUUUAGUCAAAUGUAUAUUGUUAUCGCCUAUAUUUUGUUUCCAAUAAAAUUGAAUCGUUGAUGUUUUUAUUUA